GCCUUUAAAUGUUUAUAUAAAGUUUAAAGCAUUCAAGAUUUGUAUAGUCAAAUUAAAACUAGCACGUCAGGUAUUUAGUUAAUACGUAGGUGCAUUCAACCAUUUCACCCAUUUCACGAGACAUUGUACCUGUUAGUCAAAUCUAUAAAUAACUUUCUAUUAUUAUUUCCAUUAUUUCCUGUAGCGAAGGCCACGUAUAUGUUUUAAGGAACUUAAAUAUAAAUUGCACGAGCAGUGUUUAUCAAUCAAUAACUACACACUAUCAUCGGGCUAUAUUUGUUUAUCUCGAUGCGAUUACAGAUAUUUAGAUUGGUAGCUUAUUUAGGAAAUCAAAUGUUCAACCAGAUAUUUAACAGAGAAGGGGUAAUCCGUCGAGGCGCCCCUCAAUACCCCCCUCCAUAUGAUCAACAUGCACAGGGACAUGGGGUUGAAAAUGGAGAACCCCCGCCCCCAGGGUAUGGACCACCCCCUCCGUACGACGGCCCUCAAGGUAUGCCUAUGCCGGGCUAUGAUGCUGCGGGAGACCAAUGGAUGGCCCGACCACAAGGAAUACCAGUUUGUCCACCUGGAUUAGAAUAUCUCUGCUAUAUUGACCAACUUCUAGUAAAACAACAAGUGGAGAUUUUCGAAAUUAUCACUGGUUGGGAAACAGCAAACCGAUAUAAAGUACAGAACAGCCUUGGACAGCAAGUGUACUACGCUUCAGAAGAAUCAGAUACCUGUGCAAGACAAUGUUGUGGAGCAUCAAGGGGAUUUAUAAUUCAUAUUACAGACAACACUGGCCAGGAAGUAAUAAGAGUAACACGUGAGUUUAAAUGUGGUGCUGGUUGCCCAUGUUUCGCGUGCGAUGAUUCCUGGGCCCAUGUUGUACAAGUAGAAGCCCCAGUUGGAAAUAUUGUAGGAUACGUUAAACAAAGACAAAGCUGCUUUCGACCAUAUUACAUUAUCACUGAUGCAGAACAUCAGGAAGUAUUUUCCAUGACUGGGCCACCAUGUUGUUAUCAUGGAUGUACAUGGGAUCAAGAUUUUGUGGUUAAUGCAAAUGAUGGCCAUACACAAGUUGGCAAAGUUAGUAAACAGUGGAGCGGAUUAUUGAAGGAAAUGUUUACAGACGCUGAUAAUUUUGGAAUAUCAUUUCCAGUAAAUCUUGACGUUAAGUUGAAGGCAGUCAUGCUGGGAGCCGUAUUUCUAAUUGACUUCAUGUAUUAUGAGAAAAGUCAAAACAGCAGUAGCAGUAACAAUAGGGGAUCCAUGUAACAGAAAUCUGCCUUACGAAAUGUAGACAGGAACCGGAAACAAAAAUGUAAUCUGCACCGAAACCGGAAACAAAGGAUUCAAAACGAAAAUGCAUAUUUUACCUGAUGCAUCUGUAUCGAUGCAUAAAACAUAUGGCUAGUUUCCGAUAUAUUCAUAUGAUGAUCAUUUCUAUCUGUUUUAUCUACUUCCUACUUCGUUAUAAAGGCCUGAAGAAAAUCAAGGGAUACCCUUUGACAAAUAGCAAAGAGGUCUUCUACGAACAUAAAUCAGACUUUCUUCGAGGGUUUGACAAUAUAUUUAAUCACAGGGACAGUGGCUACUAUGCCGAUAGGGAAAGUGGCUACCAGGCAGAAAGGAAAUAUGGCUACCAGACCAACUGGGACAGUGGCUACCAGAUUGAUAAGGACAGUGGCUACCAGACCGAUAGGUAAUGUGGCUACCAGACCGAUAGGUAAUGUGGCUACCAGACUGAUAGGGACAGUGGCUACCAGACCGAUAGGAUCAGUGGCUACCACGUCAAUGGGACAGUGGCUACCAGACAGAGAGGGACAGUGCCUGGCAGAGCAUGACUAUAAUGUACUAUGAUAGGCGUGUAGUCAACCUCUCCCCGAAUUUAAUUGCUUGAGAAAAAAAUGGAGAUUGACUGCUUGAAUAUUGAGCUGGUAUAUUGACAGUAUAAUCUAUGCUUAGUUGUAAUGUAUUUAUUACGAAUCACUUGAUUGUUUCUGUUAUAGACAUUAAACUUUACAUAAUUAUACAUGAGAAAUAAUAAAUUAAAUAUUUUAAUUUA